CACUAGGGCAUCCUCAAGUAUAAAAAGCCCUUGGCUUGGGCUUAGUUUCCUACCAUUUGAUGAUCGUCAAUCGAACUAAAAUUUUUUAAUUUUCAUCCUCAAAAAUCAUGGCUGCUCGUCCUAUUUUGUUGGUGUUGUGUGUUGUUUUGUCUAUCCUGGCCUUAACUGUUGUGGUUGAAGGAGCUCCGCGUAAUCGUCGUCAUCUCGAAGCAAUUUUAAGCGGAGUAUUGGGGACUCGUUACGGCUACGGUAAUCCAAAUGAUGGUAGUUAUGGUGGAUAUGGUGCCGAAUACUCAGAAUAUAGCCCUGGAGAAGAAGGAUAUUACGGCUAUGCUGGCGAUUACGAUCGACAGUUCGCCAGCAGUGCACCGAUAACUAUUGAGAUUGAAGCCAAAUGA